CUCCCAAAACCCUCGUUAAAUAAUGGGUGGGCGCUCCUUUGACCACAUCUUCAGCAUGGAACUCUUAUUCAUGUUAAUGGUUUUAAGCUUUUUUUGCACAGAAUUAAGGCUAGUUUCUGGCGAUCUCGGGACUGCAACUCCAUACAGUCCUCCUUAUAUUCCAACAAGAUGCUUUGGGACUAGGCCAGACCAGUUCCCUCCGAUGUACCUUUUUUUGGCGGUGAGUGAAGGGUUGUGGGACGGUGGGUCUGCGUGCGGACGGAUCUAUAAAAUUAGGUGCCUGAGUGGACCUAAUAUGCCCUGCAAGGGUCGUGCUACCGUGGAGGCGAAGGUGGUGGAUUUUUGCCGUCAAUCUCCAUGCCCUUCUACCAUAGCCAUGUCAACCGAUGCUUUUGCAGCCAUCUCUCACAAUUCUUCUGCACCAAUUAACAUCGAAUAUGCCCAUGCAGGAUAUGAAAUCAGCUGAACCAGAUAUGUGCUGAUCACAUACAGCUGAGGAUAUUAGUCAAAGAACUCUGUCCGACGGCCUGCUUCUAAAUCUUAAAACGUAGCUCUCAGACUUUCAACUGUAUACAUAAUAAUGGUCGAUAAUUUGGACCUUUUUACUAUUAUUCAAUAAUUUAAAUAGGAUGUUUUUUCAUAUGUUUAAUCUUUACUGUUGCCUUGUUGGCACUGAAAUCUGUUAAAAUGAAAGUUGCAACUUGUAAGCUUAUUUCCUUGUUAGUGAAAGUUGAUUCAUCUUCAUUGA